CACGAGUUCCCAUGGUUAAUGGCUCAACAGCCGACCUUUGACCCCCAGAGGCUGUGAGUGGAGCAGCGAAGCAGAGCAGCUCAGAAGGAGCAGGUGAUCAGGUGGUCAGGUGACCAGGUGAGCUGGAUCAGUGGAGCCAACAUCUGGAGAAGGUUCUUUGUUUCAGAGUUUGAAGUGGUGGCCAUUCUCCGAGGUUCUGUCCGUCCACCAGGAGGCGUGUCCUCUCUGCAAUCACACAGACCGUCUCCAUGGAGACGGAGAACCCGGCUGAGCGUCGUCCUGCAGGCUCGACGUCCGCCCGGACCCGGAUCUCCUCCAGACGUACCAGAGCGAUUCAGGUCAGAGCUCUGGAGCAGGACCCUCAGACCGCGGGGCCGCACUCUAACUCCUCUAGUUACAGAUGAUGAUGGGAGGAGGCCUCACAGCGCCCCCUGCUGGCGGCCAGAUGAUGAUGGGAGGAGGCCUCACAGCGCCCCCUGCUGGCGGCCAGAUGUUGAUGGGAGGAGGCCUCACAGCGCCCCCUGCUGGCGGCCAGAUGAUGAUGGGAGGAGGCCUCACAGCGCCCCCUGCUGGCGGCCAGAUGAUGAUGGGAGGAGGCCUCACAGCGCCCCCUGCUGGUGGCCAGAUGAUGAUGGGAGGAGGCCUCACAGCGCCCCCUGCUGGCGGCCAGAUGAUGAUGGGAGGAGGCCCAGCUGCUUCCUCCACCCCUUUAAACUCCUUCUAUCGCCCCUCUGGACCGACCGGUCCUCAGCUGUCCGGCUCUCCCUUGGACCCUGAGAAUCCCUUUUUGUGAUGAGAACCACAAAUUACAUUUUAAUUACAUUUCUGGACAUUUAUUCUAUCUUUUUUUGCACAUAAAAUUACAUCUUUGUGUUAAUAUUGAAGAAAACUGUAAGAUUAAACUGUCAGUUCCAGUAUUAUGUUUCGUGUCUGUUUAGAUUUCCUAAAAAUAAUGAAUAAUUAUAAAUAAUAAUGUAAAAAUAAAAUUCAGGCCGUACAAUAAACUACCAACAAUGAUGUCAUUGUGUUAUCCUUCUUUCUCUCUGACAUGUUCAUGUGUCUGUGGAUGGAGCUGAUGGAGCUGUACAUCAUGUGGAUGGAGCUGAUGGAGCUGUACAUCAUGUGGAUGGAGCUGAUGGAGCUGUACAUCAUGUGGAUGGAGCUGAUGGAGCUGUACAUCAUGUGGAUGGAGCUGAUGGAGCUGUACAUCAUGUGGAUGGAGUUCUCCGUCAUCUCUGAGCUGCGGUUCUCACUUCCUGUGUGAGUAAGUUUCGUGUCAUGUUGCUUCAGGAUCCAGCUCGACAUGGAGACCUUCAUCCUCUUCUUCCUCUUCUUCCUCCAUUAAACUUCACUAACGACAGAAUAUGGGGGACAGCGUGGACGUGAAGGCUCUGAGGUCCAGGUUCACCUCCCAGACCAGAACCUCGGAGACCAGCAGCCGAGACAGCGGCUCCCCACAAUCACCAAGACCUGGAUUCGGAGGACCGAUACUGACGGAGGAGGAUCUGGCUCAUCGCAGACCGACUCCUACGGUUCCUCCUCCGACGGCCAGUCCAGGCCCGGUCUGGUCCCCGAGACCAGAACCCACGGCGGACCCCGUCCCCUCCAGACCGGCUUCCGGUCCUGGAGUCAGAGCGUCCGUCCAGCCAGCUGAGCCCGGCAAAGUCAAGCUGAAGGGGGAGCUGCUCCAGAACCUGAUGCUGAAGCACCAGGGGCCUCCAGCCCCCAGACCCGGUCUGGCUCUAGGCCCCACCACCACACCUCUCCCUCUCCAACGGAGCAGUGCCGUGGACGGGACCCCCCUGAGGAGGCCCCUCCCCCCGGGAGGUCUCGCGCCCCUGAAGCCCAAACGGCCUCCCAAGGUCACCCUGGAGGCUUUUCUGAGGCUCAGGCGAGGACCGGGUCCUCCGGGUCCUCCAGGUCCCAGACCGGCUGACGAAGUCAGACCUGCAGUCGUCGGUCCUCCAAAACCUCUUCAACCCAUCAGACCCGACAGAACCAUCAGAACCAUCAGAUCCGACAGAACCAUCAGACCCGACAGACCCGUCAGCCCCAUCAGAGCCGGAGGUCCGCCGCUCCACGCGGGCUCCAUCGCCGCAGACGACCAGCAGGACGUCUACGACGACGUCGAAGGCUUCGAGGACAACGAGGCCUGGAGCGACAGCGGCUCACACUCUCUGGACGGGGACGAGGACGAUGUGUACGAGUUCAUCGACGAAGAACAGCUGGAGAUGAAUCGAUUAAAUACUGAGAAGCUAAACAAAAAAGAAGAAAAGAGUCGAAAAGCGCAGGAGAAGAAAAACCAGGUGGAACGUCGGAAGAAAGAAAAUGAAUUGAAGAAGAACUUUCAGCUGCAGGGCGAGGUGGAGGUCCUCCACACCGCCCGGGUCCGCCAUGACUGGCCUGCAGGAGGGAAGCUGGAGCUCAGCGUGCGGCGAGGAGAGAGUGUGGAGAUCCUCCGAGUGAAGGACAACCCCGGAGGCCGAUGGCUGGCUCGCUCGCUGGGCGGCAGCUACGGGUACAUCAGUAACUCGUGUGUGGAUGUCGACUACGAAGCGGUGAAGCGUAACCUGCUCCAGUCCAGACAAACAGCCUCAUCUUCAUCGUCAUCACCACAGCUGCCUCCUCUUCCUCCUCCAGACCCCCUGAUGUCACACGGCGAGGGCCGGAGCAGAGACGGCACGCUUCAAGAUGACGAGGACUACGACGAUGUAGAGCCCAUCACGGACGAGUUCCCUCCACCGCCGCCUGACAUCAGCAGAGAUCACAAAGUGGAGAAGGAACUCAAAAAAAGAUUUAAGUACGAGGGGCCCCUCAGGGUGCUGCACACCAUGAUGGUGGAUCCCAACGGUGUCUUGAAGAAGCCGGGAGGGAAAGAUCUGCCCGUGACUCACGGAGAAGUCGUGGACGUCGUCCAGAUCACCAACUGCAAGAAAGCUCUGUGCUGCAACCGCUUCGGGAAAUAUGGUUAUGUGUCCAGAUCUCUUCUUCUGACAAUGGAAAGAGACAUUUACGAUGAUGUGGACUAUCCAGACGACGUCUACGACAAUGACUCUCUGCACGCUGCUCAUUGAUGCCAAUCACACCGCAUCAGACACAGAGACGCAGCUGGAACUAAAAGCUAUAACAGACUGAAUCAUGAUCUGGAUACGCAGGUUCACUUGACCCCAUCUGAGGCGGAACACGAGCUGAAGAUAAAACUAUUUGAAACCGCAGAGAGACUCACAUAUGAAGCUCUCACUGAGGACAACCCUAACCCUAACCCAUUGCAUUGUGUCAGGCUGCUUGUAUAGAACAUAAAUACACUAUAACUGUAGCUUUGUGUUUCGCUCGACCGCUGAGAUAAUUUAAAAUAGAUGUGACAGGUAA